CAGAGGAGUUUGGGUGAUGGAGAUGCCGGGGGGGGGGGGCGCGCUUGACGUCUGAUAGGCACAAAUUUGGCACGAGAGUACGUAAACGCAAUAGCGAGUCGUGUCUAUGCAUGCGUGAUGCAGUCCAUGCGCACCAAGUGUCAAAGUGUUCAACAUGAAGCUGCAAUAGAACUUAUUCCGUUUCCGUUUCCGAGCAACCAACAGGUCUUUACAGUGGAUUUCUAUACCUUUCCUAAGAUUGCAGGAGGCAUACGAGAUGGAAAAUGACUCCGUUGCGCUCUGCCGUUGUCUUGUGUCUGUAGGCUCUGAGUCCUACACCGUGGAUUUGGCUUGGUCACUUGUGAAUCUAGGUACUUCACUCGCCGUCCAUAGAACAUACACGAUGGAAUUGGCUCGAGCGCCCCAGAACACCGGGGUGCUGCUCGGUGGUCUUGCCAUCCAUCCGGCUUCAUGCACCCCGGAUUUAGCUCAAGCGCUCCAAAAUCUUAAAAUAUCGCUCGACAAGCUCGGAUGGCACUCCGAGGCACUGCCAGUGAUCGAUGAAAGUGUCACACUCUGGCACAAGCGCCUAGUUGCCGUCAAUCCGACAAUCUCGGACGCCAUUCUGAGGUGCUCCCGGUAAUGAAAGAAAGCGUGAGGCUCUGGCGCGAGCUUGUUGCCGUCCAUCCGUCAUCAUGCACCCCAGAUUUGGCUCAAGCGCUCAAAUGGACACUUGACGAAUUCGGAUGGUAUAUACUCCGAGGCUCCCGAUGAUUGAAAAAAGUGUCAAACUAUGCAUAUGGCGGAAGCUGGUUACUGUCCAUCC